CCAUAAAGAAAAGGCAAGCCUAUGCACGUACCAACACACGCCAUAAGAAACUGAGAAAAGACAUUCAUACCCACCAUAAACCAAGUCGCCCCUUUCUUUCUUCUUUAAUUUGCAGCGAACAGACCUGGUAAACCAAUUGCCAUGCUUUAACUUUGAUCAAGAUCUUGACUUUCUGUUUUUCUACCCUAUUUGUUUUCAAGGGCAGGGCUUGUUUUGUUCAUUUGUUACUGUUUUUUGGAUCGUUGAAUCUUGAGUUUUUCUUUGUUAGUCAUUAUUCCUCGAUCUAUUAAGUUGGUGUUUUUGUUUGCUGUUGUACUAAUAGUGGAUUUAGUCACUGAUCAAGAAGGUUUGACUGUUUUGGGAUUCUUUAUUUGUUGUAUUUUGCUGAAAAACUCUGGUAUUUGCUGUGAUUUGUCGACUAAAGGUCAAUCGUUUUGUAUUUGCAAUUCGACAAAUGUUUUUGUUUUAGAAAAGCAGAUAAUUUCAAGAAUUUUUGUGAUAGUUGGUUGACUUUUGAUUCUAUUUGCUGAUAUUUUUCCAUAAGCUGAUGGUGUUCGAGUUUUCAUAGUGAUCAUAUUGUUAGUAAUUUGAAGUUCAAAUGUUUUUGUUUUAGAAAAGCAGAUAAUUUCAAGAAUUUUUGUGAUAGUUGGUUGACUUUUGAUUCUAUUUGCUGAUAUUUUUCCAUAAGCUGAUGGUGUUCGAGUUUUCAUAGUGAUCAUAUUGUUAGUAAUUUGAAGUUCAAAUGUUUUUGUUUUAGAAAAGCAGAUAAUUUCAAGAAUUUUUGUGAUAGUUGGUUGACUUUUGAUUCUAUUUGCUGAUAUUUUUCCAUAAGCUGAUGGUGUUCGAGUUUUCAUAGUGAUCAUAUUGUUAGUAAUUUGAAGUUCAAAUGUUUUUGUUUUAGAAAAGCAGAUAAUUUCAAGAAUUUUUGUGAUAGUUGGUUGACUUUUGAUUCUAUUUGCUGAUAUUUUUCCAUAAGCUGAUGGUGUUCGAGUUUUCAUAGUGAUCAUAUUGUUAGUAAUUUGAAGUUCAAAUGUUUUUGUUUUAGAAAAGCAGAUAAUUUCAAGAAUUUUUGUGAUAGUUGGUUGACUUUUGAUUCUAUUUGCUGAUAUUUUUCCAUAAGCUGAUGGUGUUCGAGUUCUCAUAGUGAUCAUAUUGUUAGUAAUUUGAAGUUCAAAUCAGUUGUGUUGUGUUGGUAGAGUCUGUAGGACUAGAUCUUGAUGUUGAGAUUAGUGGGGGUGGUUAGAAGUGAUUGAGUGCUGGAUAGAUGGGUAAUACUUGUGUAGGACCGAGCAUUUCCAAGAAUGGUUUUUUCCAAUCUGUAUCCGCUGCAAUGUGGCGGACUCGAUCGCCAGAUGAUUCAAUUUCUCAGACUAAUGGAGAGUCUGUCCAUGAACUUGAGGCAGUAUCUAGAGAAUCUGAACCGCCUUUGCCAGUUCAGAGCAAACCCCCGGAACAGAUGACCAUCCCAAAACCCGAAGCACCAGAGAAAUCGGAAAAAUCAGAUGAGCCUGCAAAGCCUAAGAAGCCCCCUCAAGUGAAAAGGGUGUCUAGUGCUGGGCUUAGAACUGAAUCUGUUUUAAAAACUAAAGCUGGUAAUCUGAAAGAGUUCUUUAGUUUGGGAAAGAAACUAGGACAAGGUCAAUUUGGGACAACAUUUCUAUGCGUGGAGAAAGCGACAAAGAAAGAAUUUGCAUGCAAAUCGAUUGCUAAGAGGAAGUUGUUAACUGAUGAGGAUGUUGAGGAUGUAAGAAGGGAAAUCUCGAUAAUGCACCAUUUGGCUGGCCACCCAAAUGUUAUAUCUAUUAAAGGGGCUUAUGAGGAUGCUGUGGCAGUUCAUGUUGUUAUGGAGAUUUGUGCUGGUGGUGAGCUCUUUGAUAGGAUUAUUAAGCGCGGGCAUUAUACCGAAAGAAAGGCAGCUGAGCUUACUCGAACUAUAGUUGGAGUGGUUGAAGCUUGUCAUUCACUGGGUGUGAUGCAUCGAGACCUUAAACCUGAGAAUUUUCUGUUUGUUAACCAAAAAGAGGACUCACUUCUAAAAACAAUUGACUUCGGUUUGUCAAUAUUCUUCAAGCCAGGAGAGAGAUUUCACGAUGUGGUUGGGAGUCCGUACUAUGUUGCUCCUGAGGUUCUGAAAAAGCGUUAUGGUCCUGAAGCAGAUGUUUGGAGUGCCGGAGUCAUCAUUUACAUUUUGUUAAGUGGAGUUCCUCCCUUUUGGGCUGAGACCGAGCAGGAGAUAUUUGAACAGGUCCUGCAUGGUGAUCUUGACUUUUCAUCAGACCCUUGGCCUAGUAUCUCUGAAAGUGCCAAGGAUUUAGUGAGGAGAAUGCUUGUUCGAGACCCCAGAAGGCGUUUAACGGCACAUGAAGUUCUGUGCCAUCCUUGGGUGCAUGAAGAUGGUGUAGCUCCUGACAAGCCUCUGGAUUCAGCUGUAUUGAGUCGUCUGAAGCAGUUCUCUGCUAUGAAUAAGCUAAAGAAAAUGGCUCUUAGAAUCAUUGCAGAGACCCUAUCUGAAGAAGAAAUAGCUGGCCUAAAGGAGAUGUUCAAGAUGAUAGACUCUGAUGGCAGUGGUCAAAUCACUUUUGAAGAACUCAAGGCUGGAUUGAAAAGAGUUGGAGCUAAUCUUAAGGAAUCUGAAAUUUAUGAUCUGAUGCAAGCAGCUGAUGUAGACAAUAGUGGCACAAUUGAUUAUGGAGAGUUCAUUGCUGCCACGCUUCAUCUAAACAAAAUUGAGAGACAGGAUCAUCUAUUUGCAGCUUUCUCAUACUUUGAUAAGGAUGGAAGUGGCUACAUUACUCCCGAUGAGCUUCAGCAAGCUUGUGAGGAGUUUGGAAUAGGGGAUGUUCGCUUGGAAGAAAUGAUCAAAGAAGUUGAUCAGGACAAUGAUGGACGCAUAGAUUACAACGAAUUUGUGGCCAUGAUGCAAAAGGGAAAUGUAGCAGGUCCAGCAAGGAAGGGCCUGGAGCAUAGUUUCAGCAUUAAUUUUAGAGAAGCUCUCAAACUUUAGUUGCAUAGGCAAUGGCGAGGUUCGGUUUAAUUCUCUCUUCUUUUUUUGAGGGACUACGGUGUAUAGUAAAGAGCAUGGCUGCUCCACUAUGAGAAGCAAGCAGGCCUUCUGUUUACAUGGCAGUGUUUAUUUGGGUUUUCCAUUUCGAUUGGAAUCUACCUUGCAAUCUUUGUAAUAGUUUUGAGGUGGAAAGAGAACUUGUAUGCUCCUUUUGUUACUUCUUCAGAACCCAAAUAUGUUGGCAGAACAUUUUGAUGUCCUAAGAAAUGCAUUCUUUUUUCUGGGUUUUA